CUUUUCUCCAACAUAACAUUUUCUUCUCCCAUAGAAAAUCGUAACAUUUCCUUCAAUAAUUCUUUCACCUUCCCAUUCAAGUUUAUCAUAACCAUACCAGGCUCACGAUUCCUAUAUACUAACAAAAAAUAUGGAGCGGACUAAGGGACAUGACAAUACGUUGACACUACAGAAUGUUAUAUUCAUUGUCAAAGUCUCAGCUGUCCUAGCCAUCUCCUGUUACUGUGGUUACCCGAAGAUUAUAAAUGUAAUUCAAGGCGUUGACCUUUGGUUCGACUGGUUCCGUUUGGUUCUAAGAAACGUUUUCUUCAUCUUCAUCAUCCUUAACGCUCUCAUCGGCGCGAUAUACUUCAGCUUUCUCAAAACCACCGGAGAAAAGAAACAAGAUCUCUAUGAUGAAUAUAUCGCCGUCGUCCGUCCUUCGCAGGAGACGUCUUUUCGCCCGAUGGAGGUUGGAGAUUACGGUUGUGGAUAUUCUAGUAACUCGAGGUGCCAGGAGACCACUGUGGCGCCGUUUCAAGUGGUUAAAACGGUUGAGGAGAGUAAAUGUUAUGAACGAGUAGUGAUGGAGACGAGCUCAAAGAGUUAUAGGAGGACGACGAGUUUGGAGGAGAAGAAGAAGAAGAGGUCUAUGGUGGAGUAUCGAAGGACGGAGUCGGAGAGAGUGAUGAAAACGGCGUCGUGGAGGUCGCAGGCGAUGGAUGAGUUGAGCAGCGAGGAGUUUCAAAUGAAGGUGGAGACUUUUAUCAUGGGGUAUAAGAAGAAAAUAUAUUGUCAAAACGGCGGCGUUGACCAGUUGCAAAACUGUGUCCCUCAGUGGCAAGGACAGCCUGAUCCUAGUGGAACUGAUCGUCGUAGUCGUAGGCUCAUGGGUGGUCCUGGCCCUACUGGUAGUGGUGGUCCGUAUUUAGCUAUUUCUAAUUAGAGCGUGGUGAAUAUGUAACAGUAAAAACAAUUAACCUCGGUUAUCUUUUUACGGCCAGUAAUGUUGUAUUCCAAUAUGGAUGAGGCUAUUAAUUUCUAUCACAUGGUAGGAUGCCACUUUAUUAACUU